GCAGGGCGCACUCUACCGUGCAGCCCCACAAGUGUCAUCUCCUCCGUAACACGGUCCCCGCCAGGCUAGGCAGUGGAGCGCCGCACGACGCACCUACCCGCCUCCCGGCCACCGCCCUAGCAGUUCCGACCCUGCGCCAGCAGGCCUGCUCGAUCGAUCUUCGAGCCGAAGAUGCGGCGGGGCUGGAAGAUGGCUCUGUCGGGGGGAUUGCGGUGUUGCCGCCAGGUACUGUCCUGGGUGCCAGUGCUCGUUAUCGUCCUCGUCGUGCUCUGGUCCUACUAUGCCUACGUCUUUGAGCUCUGCCUGGUGACUGUGUUGAGCCCAGCAGAAAAAGUUGUCUACCUCAUACUCUACCAUGCUAUCUUUGUGUUCUUUGCCUGGACCUACUGGAAGUCUAUCUUUACACUACCACAGCAGCCAAACCAGAAGUUUCACUUGUCUUAUACAGACAAGGAGCGCUAUGAAAAUGAAGAGAGACCUGAGGUACAGAAGCAGAUGCUUGUUGAAAUGGCCAAGAAGCUACCAGUUUACACAAGAACCGGGAGUGGAGCUGUACGAUUUUGUGACCGAUGCCAUCUAAUCAAGCCAGACCGCUGCCACCACUGCUCUGUCUGUGCCAUGUGUGUAUUAAAGAUGGACCAUCACUGCCCAUGGGUUAAUAACUGCAUUGGAUUUUCCAACUACAAAUUCUUCCUUCAAUUCUUAGCUUACUCUGUUCUCUAUUGCCUGUACAUUGCUACAACAGUCUUCAGCUAUUUCAUCAAAUACUGGAGAGGGGAAUUGCCCAGUGUUCGCUCCAAGUUCCAUGUCCUUUUUCUCCUCUUUGUGGCCUGCAUGUUUUUUGUCAGCCUUGUGAUUCUCUUUGGUUACCACUGUUGGCUUGUCAGCAGAAACAAAACCACCUUAGAGGCCUUCUGCACUCCAGUGUUUACAAGUGGCCCAGAGAAAAAUGGGUUCAACCUUGGCUUCAUCAAAAAUAUCCAGCAGGUGUUUGGAAAUAACAAGAAGUUCUGGUUAAUACCAAUUGGGUCCAGCCCUGGUGAUGGACACUCCUUCCCUAUGAGGUCUAUGAAUGAGUCACAGAAUCCAUUGCUAGCAAAUGAAGAGCCCUGGGAAGAUGAGGAUGACAGCCGAGAUUAUCCAGAAGGCUCAUCAUCUCUUGCUGUGGAAACAGAAACAUAGCAGUUUUCACAUUCCUCGCAUCUCAGACAGGACCCACCACCUCCCAUGAGGCUUACAGAGUUAUAUACUGGGAACCAUUCAGUCUUCAAAAUAAAUCACCAUGGUGGAUUGAAAGCUUGACAGUUUAAAAUCAUUCCGUCAAAUACUUGCUGUGCAAAUGUUUCAGGACUUUACAAGUUAUUUAAUUUAUUGACUCAACUCAUCAAUUUGGUAGCAAUUAAUUCAAGCUAGCCUUCCUCUUUUUCUUUCUUCAUUUCAUUUCCCCUCCCCUAAUCCAUGAAAGCCUAAAUGUAAUAACUGUAUCUUUCUGGAGGGUCUUUUCAUUCAUUCUGUCAGAUAAAGGGGAAUUCAAAAGACUUCCUUGGAGUCUUUCAUUACCCUGGAAAGACUGUUAAUCAUACCUAAAGGGUCUUUGUGGUAUUGAGGAGAAUCAGACUAAGUUUGCUGCUUGUAGCAUGUGCAUUUAUAAACAUAUGUGCAGCAUAUAUAUAUACACAAAAUUUUAUUGUGGUGUUGUGUAAAUCUAGGUAAAAAAGAAAAAACCAGGAGUCUGAAGCUUUUGUUUCAUCAUGCUUUUUCCCUAAACAGCAAUUUGAAUAUUUGCUGAGAUUUGAACACCAUCCUAUAUCAGGUACCUAAAAUUGUAAAGGAAGAUUCAACAUACUGGUACCAAGGUCUUCAAAUUGGAAAUUUAACAACAAUGUAAAACCUGUUCUCUGUCCUGGGAAAAUAUCUGUCCUAGAGGUUCCUGAAACACUGCAGCUAAUAGAUGAGAUCAGAUCAAAUCAAAUUUCCACUUUAUUAAACAUAACAAUUGUUGUUUUAAAGACCUUUAAUGCCAGGCUAUGGCCAAAUUACCUAAUUUUAUUCCUUUCUCUACUACCUGACUUUAUUUUAGCCUGUAUGAAUUACAUUUAUGAUGAAAGAAAAAAAAAACUAUAAGCCUCAGUUAUGGGCCAAAAGUUUUGUAAAAAGGUUCAAGAGUAAUUUUCAGGUUUAAAUUACGAUUCUGUUAAUAAGGGUAAAAUUUCACAGCUGACAUAAGCCCAAGGACUAGCACUAAAUAUCUGUUUUCACAGCAGGGGUGAAUGUACAGAUUUUGGUAAACUAACAUAUGUCAAUCCUUUCUUUUAGCCUCAGUGGUAGCUCAGCCAUUAAGAUAGCUUACAUCCAUUUCCCUAUUUAUUUAUAAUCAUCCUUUCUUUUAGUCCUAGUACCUGAAUCAAUGAGUAUGGACACUAAUGCUGCUUCUUUAUAAUUAUAAUACCUAAGAGUAUUGAUGUUUUUCAUUUUUCAACCAGUGAACUAGGGCCCAGCUGCUGACAAGAGAAGCCCUAACUGUUACAGAGAUCAGUAGGAGUUAGAGGCAUCUUACUGAUAUCAAGGAAUUGAGUUCCUAGAGGGAUGGUUAGGUUUACUAAAUUAUCUCCCCUGAAACCUUUUUUUGAGUAAAAAAACAAAAAAGAGAGAGAGAGUUGCCUACCACAAACAAUCAGUAGUCUGGACUCCAGUGGACCUAAGAAAGUGAGCAAUCCAGCUACUUAAAGCAACAGAACCUGGUGAUUUUGACCAAAAUAAGACUUUUAGCAUAAAUUAAUGGGUUGUGAUCAGCAUUUCAUUUGUGAGAUUGUUGUUGGAUGCCGUCGAGUUGAUUUCAACUCAUAGUGACCCUAUGUGACAGAGUAGACCUGCCCCAUAGGGUUCCCUUCUUUAGGGAAGGAGAUCAUCAGGUCUUUUCUCCCGUGA